CAUUUGUGUUGUGAUGUAAACAAACAGUUGUUUCAAGUCUUAAAAAAACUGAUGGCUCGACUGAUCCAAUGUUUUUGGUCGCUAAGACUUUUUUCUAAUCGGACAUCAGUGGACACAUUGCGGACAACGAGACAGACAUUUCAUAACAAAUGUCCACAAGUUGUUCAGCCAUUUCAACACCGAUUUAUUCAUCCAAGAAGUCUUAUGUUUAAAGAUUACGUCAUCAUAAUUGUGUCCAUCUUUGGAUCAAAUUAUCUAAUUAGACAAUAUUUCAGUAAAUCAAAGAACAGCUUCGGUGACAAUAUUGGUGAUAAUUAUGUGCCAUCAGAUCAAUCACUGUCACAAUCUUCACAAUGGAUACAAAAUUUCAUACAAAAGUUUGUUCCCUUAAGAACUGUUCAAUUAUUCAUAAAAAAUGACAAUAAAAUUGACGACAAAUCACUGCCACUAUCAAAGAGGUUCAACUUUAUUGCCGACGUCACCGAAACUGUAUCGUCGGCUCUGGUCUUCAUCGAAGUUCAGGGAAGACAUCCGUUCUUUUCUGAACUAAACGUCUCGAUUAGUAGUGGAUCGGGAUUUUUGGUACAUCCGUCCGGUCAGAUACUGACCAACGCACACGUUGUGGCCAAUGCAUCGACUGUUUCGGUUAAGUUACCCGAUGGCCGACUUAUGUCCGGACGUGUCGAGUAUGUCGAUCAUAGGCUCGAUUUGGCCACUAUUAGACUGGACUCGCGCGAUGAGUUCCCGUACAUAGUGUUAGGCGAUUCAAAUAAGUCCAGAACCGGCGAAUGGGUUAUAGCUAUGGGCAGCCCUUUCUCGUUGAGUAAUACCAUAACCGUAGGUGUGAUCAGUUCGCUGAAGAGAAAGUCGCAUGAGUUGGGCUUAAAUAGUAAUGAAAUCGAUUACAUUCAAACCGAUGCGCCCAUCAAUAUCGGUAACAGUGGUGGACCGCUCGUCAAUCUCGAUGGACAGGCCAUCGGUAUUAAUACAAUGAAAGUAACGGCCGGCAUAUCGUUUGCCAUUCCUAGUGAUUAUGCAAAAGAAUUUAUCGAAAGAGCCAAUCGAUUCACUCGUAAGACACAGACGGCCAAGAAUGAGGAAAAGUUGUCGAAACGGAAUCGUUUUAUUGGUCUAACAAUGUUAUCGCUGACACCGACUCUUAUCGAAGAAUUGCGGACACGAGAACCCGACUUUCCCGAUGUUAGUACUGGGAUAUUAGUCUGGAAAGUAGUUAUGGGAUCACCAGCUCAUCUUGGAGGUAUACAACCGGGAGAUAUCAUUACUCGAAUCAAUGGACUGACGGCCAAAUCGGUCGAAGAUAUUUACAAAGCUCUCGAAGUUGACCAGUCGUUGAGUUUAACUGUCCGACGAAGGGAUCGACACAUUAAUCUUGUUAUUAAACCACAAAUCAUUGUUUAACGAAAA